AUGUCUUCUGUUGCGACCCUUCCACCACAAGUGACCAUCGACCCCAGCAGUGAGGUCGACGCUGUAUUGGGUCUCGUCGAUUUGGCCCGAGAGAGUCGCCAGCAAGCCCGCAUGAUCCCCACUGAGCAGCAAGCCUGCCUUGAAGAAAUGCAGGGCUGUCCAGUCACUUGGGAUCGCCUACAGCAGGGCAUCUACAACGUCUACUACGAGAGAUUUGGAAGGUAUCCGCCAGUGCCUGAGAAGGAAAAGUGGCUACAGCCUGCCCACUCGAUCGCAGAGCCCGAGCAGGGCAGUAAGCGCAAGGUCGACAACGAUGAUGACGUUCCCCCUCAGCCACCAAAGAGGCAAAGGCUGUCCAGGAAGGGCAGAAAGAUCAGCAAACCCGAGGCUACCAAUGAUGUCCUUGCCACUGAACAAACCCAACAGGAGAUCGAAGAGCUUCAUAACCUUGAGACCGCUGACAUCGAUCAUGCUAUUGAAUAUUUCCAGCCUCAAGAGAAGCAGAGGUCCAGCCCUGAGAAGGCAACUCGCCGACGUGAGAAUGUAGCGGGCAGAGGCAAGGCCGAGAGCUACGACAAGUGCGUUGCCAGAACGAUCAAGGUUCACGACAGCGGCGAUAAGAGCCAGGAGCCCAUUCCCGACUUUUCGGCCAACUUUUCGGACCCUGCCGAGGUCAAGCUCAUCAAUACCUUCUUCAACAAAAAAGAGGACAAGUACCAGAUUUUCAAACGCCGCAUGUUCUUCGUUGCUGCAAUGCUACAUGAGCACAAUCAAGUUGUCAAAGCCGAGCACGGCAACAAUAACGGCAAAGGCGACAGAGCAUUCCUUUUCCUGAACACUACUCGUCUACAGUCUAUGGGUGGCAUCGACGUGAACAAGUGUGGCAGACUAGCUUCUGCAUUCCGUCCUGCUGAUGACGUACGCUUCGUGAAAGCUAGCCGUUCCACCACCGGAGAAGUCAGGGCAGAUGUCGAAGAUGACAGCGCCUAUAGAGCUAUCUUGGCUCACUGCGGCUGGAUCCCCGAGAUGGUUUCCAAAGCAGGCAAGGAGGUCACCUUGAGCAAUGAGGAAUGGUACGAUCAACUCGGCACCAAAGAGCAGCGACAGCAUUGGCUCAAGAUCUGUGAAGGCAUGCGCGACACGCUGCGCGAAGAGGAGGAUAAUCUCAAGGCCAAGAGAGCCAGCGCUCCGUUACGCGAAGCUCAAGAGAAGGUCAAGCCGAAGAAGGCCAAGGCCCAUAGCGAGAAGAAGGAGGACUAUGAGGAAGAGUGA